AUGGAAUGCAGGGAAAUUGGUGGAAUGAAAGACGAACUGAAGGAUCGUCAGUUUUGCGUUUAUCGAAAAUCAACAAACAAAUUCAUGGAUGACAGACAAUGCCCACGAUUGGUGAUGAUCCAUUGCGAUAUCAAAGAUGGAGUGUUGACAUUAACGGCUCCUGAGCAUGAGCCAAUCGAAGUGCAUCUUCAGAAAGUACUGGAUGCAAAUCAGAUUGUGAUUAUCAAGAUGUAUGAUGACUUGAAAAAUGCCGGUCUUGAUUGUGGGCAAGAAGUUGGCGAUUGGCUUUCAAAAGUGCUAAACGAGGAUGGCCCACUUGGUUUGUUGCAGUAUAAAGCUGGACUAUACUCUGAGCGAUGGUCACAUCGUGGAUACAGAUGGUUUUUCGGAAUAGCACCAAUUAAGGAGAAGGUUUCUCGGAUUUUGUGA